UUGGCGUCAGGAAGGUGGGAUCUAAAGACCAAACUCACACACAAAAAAAUCACAGCAUUGGCUUUCUGUGGGAGGCAUAUUUAUACACACUCCAGCCAGAUGAACAAGGAAGACGAAGAAGUCAUCUGAUGUUUUCACAAAUCUCUAGUGACUUUAGCGAGGACAAAACCCAGCAAAAGUGCUCUACCACAGUGGAGUUGCUACCGUUGCCUGUGGAUAUGAGUAUGGACUUUUAAACAUCAUGCAUGUGAGCAAAGGGACAUAAGGUCUCCGAAGUCUAUCAUCUGCUCUUUUUUGCCGUUUCUUGUCUCUGUAUCCAUAUGUAAGCCUUAAUAAGUCUUAGCAGAGCACUUAACAGACUGAACCUUUUUUUUUUUUGAGCUCUUUGAAUUGUUGAAAUGUUAAGGGGAAAGCCAAGUGUUUGGCCAAUAAGAAGAAACUCAAGUUCACUGAAUUUCUGCAGGACCGAUGCAAAAACUCCUUUCCUCCACCAAUCCCUCAACAAGUCCUCACUAUUCCAGUGGUCUGGACAAACCUUCAUGUGUUCCACUGAUCAACUGGGAACUCAAGAGGAUUUUGAUGAAUGGUUAUACACACCCUUUCAUGACAGAGCUGUGUCCAGUUUAGAUGAAGAAAGCAAAUGGUCAGUGCAUUACACAGCGCCCUGGCAUCAGCAGGAGAAUGUAUUCCUGCCAGGAAGCAGACCUCCCUGUGUGGAAGAGCUGCACUGCCAAGCCAAGGUCAACCUGAAGACUGUCCUCAGAGAAUGUGACAAGCUGAGGAAAGAUGGUUUUCGUAGUUCCCAAUACUACUCUCAAGGCCCAACAUUCUCCUCACCCCUCCUUUCUGAUGGAGAUGGGCAACUGGAUCAAGAUGAAACAGAAAAGAAAAAAAAGUCAUCAGAGACUUCAACUGAAGAAGAGAAGCUGGUGUACUCCUUCAGGCCACAGACCCCUCAGCUGGAUAACAUCAGUGAUACAAACAACCACAGUUGGAGUAAAUGUAUGCCCUUACCAACGCCAGAGGAGAAGAUGAAACAGCAAGCACAGUCUGUGACCACUGACAUCGUCCCCAUCAACAUUACAGGAGAGAACUUUGACCGGCAGGCGAGUUUUCGUCGUACCAUAAUUAACACUGACACUAUAAUAAGGAGGUCAAAGAGGGUGAAACGAAGGAAGACAAUAACAGGGGUUCCAGACAACAUCAAAAGAGAAUUAGCAAACAAUGAACAAACUGGCAUCAGAUCUCAGUCCAUACACACAACAGGCCAAUACUCCACCCUUGGUGGCGUAGGGAGCAUUAACUCUUCCCUCAAGCAUUUAGUCACUCGUGACUCUGGCUGCCAGACAGAAGAUGUAAAGAUUGUACCCCCCUCAAUGCGCAGAAUCCGUUCACAGAGAGGCCAUGGCAUCGCUACUCAAGUGGCAAACAUCUCUCUCUCAUCUUCUGGUAGCAUCUCAAACACGAGUGACUGCAAUGGUGAUAUCUAUACUUGUCAACUAAAUGCCAGUGAUCAAGGCUUUCACAGUUUGCCUCGUAAUGGUGCUCGAAUUUGUCUUCAAAAACUUGAAACCAUUUGCAGCAGUUCUCCAUAUUUGACAGUGUCUGGCUCCACAAGUUCCUUACCCUAUCAGGUUACCAUGCAACAUGGCAGCCCAGACUCACAGCACAAGUCUGAUUUAAGAAAAAAUACCUCAGUCAGUUCCAGGUCUGAUGAAUUUCAUGGUUUCCAGAAUGACUGUCAUACUGCAAGUUCAAGCUAUAUGGUUUCCAAACACAAUAGGAGCACAUCCUCCUUGAAUGCUGGUAUUGUUUUGCAGAAUGCUAGAAACCUUUGUUCUGUCCACUCAUCACAAAGCUUUGAGGCAGUAGAGACCCCACUGCAUUCUUUGUCAACUUGUCCCUCAGACCACCCUUUCAGCAGUAGUGGUACCUCAUGUUCUACUAGCUCCUCCUGCUGUCAGUCUCCAGCCUCCCAAUGUAGUACCCUUGAUGGAAGGAACUGCAGUCCCUGUGGUGUCUAUGAAGACUCUGAGAUUUCAGAGAGCAGCAUUCAUAGCUGCAGCACACUGACCACUGACCAUUGGAUAUAUAAACCUGCUCCAAUGGACCAAUGGACCUCAAGCUGCUCCUCCCCUAUCACUAAUGUUUGUAAUAGCGUGGCACAUUCACCAAACAAGACAGAUACCAGCUCAUUGUUUUCUUCUGAUACUGAGAGAUGCUCGGCUUCUAUGCAUUUAACACCAGAUUGCAAAUCAUACAGUCAUGGUUGCAUCAACAAAGCAGGCAGUUCAAGACACAAUUUGUAUGAGUGUAGGGAGCACCAUAGUCAUGAUGACCAUGCAAGCCUGCAUAGUCAUCAUUCUCUAAGCCGCAGCAUUUCCCUGCGGAAAUCCAAAAAGCCCCCACCACCUCCCAAAAGGACUGACUCGUUGCGACGCAAACCACAGCAAAAAACAUACAACAAUGAGACACUCCUUAAUGAGCAACUGAUCUCAAGUCUCCAUGAAUCCCUGAAAAGUCAUAGUGCCUCAUACUCUGGACAGAUACCCUUGAGUGGAAUAGAAGACCCUUGGGUACUGGGUCCCAGAAGCCAAAGUUCUGUUAGUGUAGCAAGCAGUGGAAUGUCAGCACCAGCUACCAUGUGUCCAACCACACCCACACACAGUGACAGCAGCAGUCAACACUCAGAAUACACUGAGUCAUGGGACUUUCAUAUGGACUUUCCCCACUCAAGCUCUGAACAUGGGCCAUCCUCUCAAAUUAUGAAACCUAUACUUACAAAAGAGAAUUCAAAAGGUUUGGACAGUAAUGCAAUUCCAUUAACUGUCUGCAUCAAGACUGGGAUAAAUUCCAAGAUGGCUGCAUCCCCAGACAAAGUCCAACUUUUGACAUCACCAUCUAGUGGUUAUUCGAGUCAAUCUAUUACCCCAACUGCCGGUACACCAGUAACAUCACUUCUAAGAGCCAAAUCUCCAGCAGGAAGGCCCAAACCCAAGGUCCCAGAGAGGAAGUCCUCACUGCGGUCCUCUGUUUCCUCUUACUCCAAACCCCUGUCCUCAAACACAUCAGAUUCUGUCAAGAGCCUUCCACCACCUCCACCGCUGCCUAAAACAUUGCCUGGAUUAGUCACCCUUCAGUCUAGUUUAACUAGCCCAAUGCCUAGUUUAGUUAAGUCCAAUGUAUCCCCGAUCACACCAGUACCAUCUCCUCUGGCUAUAAGCCCUACUUUUGAGGAAAAGCAAAGUUCUCCCCAAGUGUCAUCCACAAUACUAGAGGAAUGUAGAACAUCCAUAUGCCUCUCUCCUGACUCUUCUUCUUCCACAUCAGAAGUCUCAUCUCCCCUGAUGCUGUGUGAAAAUAAAAUGACCACUUUACCUCUCCCACCACCUCCUCCACUUCCUCCUUCAUCAGCUGUUCACACCCAGCCUCUUACCUCACCAGGUCUUCAAGCAGUAACCAUUUUACAAGUAACAAAUUCUGCUAUGUCUUUGGAUACAAUGGAGAAUGGAAAAGAACUUAAUUCUAGUCAAUCAUACAAUUCUGUAAGACAGGAGAGGCCAGUAAUUACUGCCCAAGCUCUUCAGAGGGUACAGCUCCGACCAAUAAAGCUCAUGAAAUUGGAAAAUAUUUUCACAGACAUUAUUACAACAGUGUGUGGUCCAGAAAACCAAGAUCCUAACAAGGAGGCCAAAACUACUACAGACAAACCUGUAGAAACAGAGAUUGUCAAAAAUAUUAUUACAUGUGACUCUGUCAGUCCACUACAGAAUGGUAUAGACACAAAAGAUAUUCCAUUUAAGGAGUCCACAUCUACUAGGCUGGACUCUAAUCCAGCUCCUGUUUUUCUUGAAGUGGUCUGCAAUACCCAUUCUAGUGAGAACAUUCUGGAGCUUUCACUUGACACUGGACCUCUGUGUGCUCCUGCCUACACUGAUUUUCUACACUCCACAGCUACUUCAUGUAGAACUAGUGAUACACUCCAGGGUCAGAGGUCUCCAACAUCACCUAGAAAGUCUAAUCUCUCUUCAAUUAUGCCAACCAUCUUGUACCAAUCUGCUUUGAAUGGUCUUGAGCAUCUUGAAGUUACUGGCUCAGCAAUGUCUGUACUGCCAAAGACCAUAAACAGUAACUCUCUGACAGACAGUGUUAAUCAGCAUGAGCAUCCACUACAACUGGAGUCUGAGGUAGAGAGUGAUUCUCAGAAUUCUCCUCCUGUGAGUCCAAGAAGACACUCAGUCAGCAGUGAAAUCUCUUCAGACAGUAUGACUGACCCUCAACUCACUGGCCUGACUCUCAGUGACCAAGAUAUUCAAUUGUGUGAUACAGAUCUUGGACUGAGCGAUAAAGAAUUUGUGCUAAGUGAUUAUAAAGGCAUUACAGAUGAUAGUUUAAGUAACAGCUCAGGAUCAGUCAUCUUCAAAGAAGAAGAAAAUGAUGAAAAUGAUGCUGUGUUUGAUUCUGGAACAGAUAGCUCCUCUCCAACGUUCAGCAGCACCGGAGAAGAUAUCGAGGAAAUGAUGACACCUGCACGUCCACGCACUACUGAUGACCUAUUUGCAGCCAUCCACAGGUCAAAAAGGAAGGUUCUGGGGCGCGGUGACUCUGAAGAAGAACGCUCCCGUAGUUUUAUUACCUCACCACCCAUCACACCCACAAGUCCCAUCCCCAGCAUGACUCCGAUGCCCCGUCAGAGUAGCAACAUCCAUCGUAGGCUGCGCCGUUCCACAACCAGCAAUGACAGCUUCAAAGCCCUGCUCCUGAAGAAAGGCAGCCGCUCAGAGCCUGGUUUCCGAAUGUCUGCUAAGGAGAUGUUGAAAUGCACCGACCCUCGCCUACAGAGAUCCAAUGUAGACGGCUCGUCUCCCAUUCCGGCUCAGUGCACAUCCCCAGAUAGAAGCAGGAGAGCAUACGAGGAGUGGGCACGUACUGAGGGUGCCUUGCCCCGCCUUUCACCCUCACUAACACACUCCAAAUAUGGGCGCGCCAGUACUCCACCAUGUGCUGCUAGCAGCCGGUAUAACUCCCGCAGUCGCAUCCCUAGUGGGCCCAUGACUGUGAUAUGUGAGAGGGAAGGGGAACUGACUGAGUCAAUAGACUGCUGCAGCAUUCCUUUCCCUGUGUCAUUGUCCUCAAGUGGCACAGUCUGCGCUCAAGGCAGCACUUAGACCAAAACUCUUAUAAUCAACCUGGAGAUUUCUUUACUUCUAACAACCAUAGAAAAAUGGUUUAUCCUACAUUCAACCAGAGCACUACAUUCUUGCUUGCUGCACACGCUCAUGCUGGCCGCUGUAGCUGAAGACAGAUACGGGAAAGGGGAAUCUAGAUUCUACCACUUUAUUUUCAUUCUUCUCCAUUCUCCAGGAAGAAGAAUUUCACUGCCUCAAAAUAUUUCCAGAGGAUUACCCUUUUUUCAUCUGUCAUUCUGUCUUCUCUUUUUGCAGGUUAGGAAAUGCAGGUUACAUGUAAGUUUCCUUUUGGCAUGAUAAGCAGGAAGGAUUUAGCUGAAAUGAGAGAGGAUUUUUAUUGACAGCUUGUUCUUGGUUAGUGGCUAUAUCUUGACCCAAUCAAGAAUGUGCUAGAAAUAAUAGCACAUUCUACCAACACAAAGGACAAGAUCAGGAUGUAUGGGUCAAAAUUGAAAUGAUAUGUUUGGCAGGGUGUUAAGUUAAUGUGAGAACACAAAGAACUGUAAUAGUAAAGUUGUUGAAGAAUGUAUAUGGAGAUGUGUAUAUGGACAGUCAGAUAAAAUAAGAGGACGUUUUUAGAAAGACUGACUUCAACAAUGUAGAUUUGCACUACAUUUCAAUGGCUAAUUUCUGUUGUGUCCAACCAUUUUCAGUUAAAAAAAAUAUUUCUGAAUGGGCACAUGUUCAACAAAUGCUUUAAUAUCUUUUUUUAACCAAAAAAAAUGAAUGGUAUAAUCACUAAGUACUUUAAUCUUCUGUACUUUACCAGUAUGAAAAGAAUACAGGUGCUAAAAAGCUCAAUAUCAUACAGUAAAUGGUGCAUAUUCAGCCUGCUUAGGUUAAAACAAGUAUAUUGCUAGUACCAGCCCUCUGAAAAUUUCUACACUUUUCUAUUCAUGUUGCUUCAGAUGUACUGUACAGUACAGAAAACUUGAAGUGCUAAACAAAUGAACAAAUGCACAACAGGAUCAAAAAGAAAACACAAAUGCAAAAGAAAAUAACAAAGAGAAAUCCAAAAAUAGCAUGGAAUGCAAAAAACGUAAAAAAAUCAAACGAUCCAAGAUCGUAAGAACAAAUAAAAAUAAACACAAUAGCAAAUCUGAAAAGCAUAUUUUAAAGCAAAUAUAAAGACACGAUAGUAAACAUGAAAGAACAGCAGUGAGUCUGAAAACCUAGUUCAUGAGUUCUCAAACCAAAAAAGACAGGAAAAUUACUGACUUGUGUGCAUCUAUCUGAGUGAACAAAUAUAAGAGUAAAUUAUUCGGGCACCUUGUGAUGAAUGUGCUUAUUGGUGAUCUAAUAUUAUAGCAUAUUGCUGUCAUCUUCAAUAACAUAUUUAUUCUGGUCAAAUUCAUAUCUAGGGUAUGUUUUCCCUAGAGGAGAUGGGCGAAAACUGAAAAUCCUGGAUUAAACACAACUUGACAGUAAAUCACAUCAACACCGUGCCACCCUCUUAAAAAAAAGCACAUAUAUAAGAAAUAAGCAUCGGUAUAGUAAGCACAUUGUCAGUAAUGCCCAAAUAUUUUACAGUUAUUGAUAUUCACUUAGCUUUUCUCAUGUGAAGACUGACUUGCUGUUUUUUCCUCGGAUUUGCCAAUGUGAUUUUUUUUUUAAUUUGUUUAACUGUUAAAUUGAUUUUGCACUUCAAGGCUUUCACGUUAGAGCAUUGUAUAUUCUAUUUGUCCGAUAUUCAAAGACUCAGUUUACUAUAACUGCAAUAGAGUGUAGAGAAAUUAGAACUGUUGGGGUAAAAUCUACGACUUUUCAUUUCAAUAAAGUUUGUUGACCAAU